UUAAGUGUAGAGGACAGAGUUGCACCGAACAAGGAUGAAGUUCUGGGGAAGUGUGCAAUUCUUUUGCAGCAUGUGGACAGGAGGUUGGAUCAUAGACCUGUGAACAGUAAGUGGUUUCAUCUUGAAAAACAUUUUAUUGUAGAUGGGGACCAGAAGAAGAAGGAAAGCAAAUUUUCCAGCCGGAUUCAUAUGAGGAUCUGCUUGGAAGGUGGUUACCAUGUCCUGGAUGAAUCAACUCACUAUAGCAGUGACCUUCGACCGACAGCGAAACAGUUGUGGAAGACCAGCAUUGGGGUACUGGAACUGGGGAUUUUAAAUGCUCAGGGCCUGAUGCCAAUGAAGACAAAAGAUGGGCAUGGAACGACAGAUUCUUAUUGUGUGGCAAAAUAUGGUCAAAAGUGGGUUAGGACAAGGACUAUUAUCGACAGUUUUACACCCAAGUGGAAUGAGCAAUAUACUUGGGAAGUAUAUGAUCCUUGUACGGUCAUAACAAUUGGGGUGUUUGAUAACUGUCAUUUGCAUGGAGGAGAUAAGGCCGUGGCGGCUAAGGAUUUAAGAAUUGGGAAGGUAAGGAUUCGUCUUUCUACCCUUGAAACAGAUCGGGUUUACACACACUCGUAUCCGCUUCUAGUUCUACUCCCGAAUGGGAUGAAGAAGAUGGGUGAAAUUCAUUUGGCUGUGAGGUUUACUUGCUCCUCGUUACUUAAUAUGAUGCACAUGUACUCGCAUCCACUUUUGCCUAAAAUGCACUAUAUUUAUCCAUUAACUGUUACACAGCUUGAUAGCUUGAGGCAUCAGGCAACUCAAAUUGUAUCGAUGAGAUUGAGCCGGGCUGAGCCACCGCUGAGGAAAGAGGUGGUGGAGUAUAUGUUGGAUGUGGGCUCCCAUAUGUGGAGUAUGAGAAGGAGCAAAGCAAACUUUUUCAGGAUUAUGGGAGUUUUGAGUGGCUUAAUUGCUGUAGGAAAAUGGUUUGAUCAGAUUUGCAACUGGAAAAACCCCAUCACAACCGUAUUGAUUCAUAUCUUGUUUAUAAUACUGGUCAUGUACCCUGAGCUCAUCUUACCCACAAUUUUUCUAUACCUUUUCUUGAUUGGGGUUUGGUAUUACCGAUGGAGGCCAAGGCAUCCUCCCCACAUGGACACUCGUCUUUCUCAUGCAGAUAAUGCACAUCCCGAUGAACUUGAUGAAGAAUUUGAUACGUUUCCAACUUCCCGGCCUUCUGACAUUGUAAGGAUGCGAUAUGAUCGGUUGAGAAGUAUUGCCGGGAGGAUUCAGACAGUGGUAGGUGACUUGGCCACUCAAGGGGAGAGGCUACAAUCUUUGCUGAGCUGGCGUGAUCCAAGAGCAACAGCUUUGUUUGUGAUUUUCUGUCUGGUUGCUGCUAUUGUCCUCUAUGUUACACCAUUCCAAGUUGUGGCCCUUCUCACUGGAUUUUAUAUGUUGAGACAUCCAAGGUUUCGUCAUAAGCUUCCUUCAGUUCCGUUGAAUUUCUUCCGGAGGUUGCCAGCAAGGACAGACUGCAUGUUAUGAGCAAAGCAAUUUCAUCUACAAUUGCUUUUGGGUGGGAUGAGUUCCCCUCGUUUGGGUUAAGUCAGUGAGAAGAUGCAGAAACAAAUGGAGCUUGUCUGCUUUCAUCGUUUGGCAGAUGUUGGAUUCUGUGUGUAACCUUCCUCUGAAGGUAGUAGAUUUUGUGGAUUUGCGGCUUAAUUGAUGCCAUUUUAUGGUAUUUAUGUUUAAAGCUUGACUUUAUGGUAAUCAGUUAUUGUUCAUUUAUAAUUUUGUAGGUUGUGAAUUAGCCUAUGCUGAACCAUCUCCAUGCUUAAUUAUAUUACUAGAUUUUGCUUGAUGGGGCUUUUCAUGAUAAA